CCUGAAGCUGAGGGUAUAAGCUUAAGCGCGCAACUUGCCACUAAAGCGUUAGAUAAACGGCGGGCAUGCGUAACGUUUCUGAAAUUGAUGACCUGAAAUCAGAAUUUGCGCAUAACUUCGGGCCAGCUGAGGAAGGAGUGGGAGGACUAUCGUAGAAGCGCUCGCAGAACGGAACAUGCGCACUCAGUCUUCCAAAGCCUUGAGUACGGACAGCGAACAUGCGCAGGACUAAUGUUUCGGGAGGGAUUGGUCGGUAAAAGGGAGCAUGCGUGACUCGAGAGCCGUUAUUCUGGGGGUAGUUGGGACUUCUGCUAGUGGCCCCUGGCUUGGCCCGCCCCCGAGCUGUCGAUAUUAACUACCAAUGUAUUUAUCUCAGUUAUGCAAGGAAGAUGAGAAACAGCAUGAUGUCAUGGUUAGAGAUCCAGCCCUGGAAUCAGGAAGACUUGGGUUGAAGUUCUGUAUCUGAUUGACGCUUCAAUGAGAACCUGGGCAAGUCACUGAACCUUGAACUGCUACAGGAAAAGACUUGGUUGCCAUGUCAAUAGUCACAGUUCAACUUGGUCAGUGUGGCAAUCAGAUUGGCUAUGAAGUAUUUGAUGCCAUAUGUAGAGAUUUACAUAAUACCCAGGGAUUCUGCUCUAAGAGGGAGAAUGAGGUGUAUCAGGCAUCUUGCAAAGAACAUUUCUUUAAUGAGGAGAAAAGUGAAGUUCCAGUUGCCCGAGCAUUGCUUAUUGACAUGGAGCCCAAAGUGAUCAGUCAAACACUAUUAAAGGCUGCCCAUUCUGGCAGGUGGAAGUAUGGUCAAAACUCACAUUUCUGUCAAAAACAAGGUUCUGGAAAUAAUUGGGCAUAUGGUUAUAGUGUUCAUGGACCCAAGCAUGAAGAAUCUAUCAUGAAUCUAAUUCAGAAGGAAGUAGAGAAAUAUGAUAACCUAAGUGGAUUUUCUACUAUAAUGAGUAUGGCAGGAGGCACUGGAUCUGGUUUGGGAGCCUUCCUCACACAGAACUUAAGAGAUACUUAUCCGAAUUCUUUUAUAAUAAAUCAGGUUAUAUGGCCCUAUGGAACUGGUGAGGUUAUUGUCCAGAACUACAACUCGGUUUUGACUCUUUCUCAUCUGUAUCGAUCUUCAGAUGCACUUCUUGUUCAUGAAAAUGAUGUGGUACAUAAGAUAUGUGCUAAACUGAUGAAUAUCAAACAGAUCUCCUUCCGAGAUGUAAAUCAAGUCAUUGCCCAUCAAUUGGGAAGUGUAUUCCAACCUACCUGCUCCUCAGAAGGCCUGUUUCAGUACCGAAGAAACCCAUUAGGAGACUUGAUGGCAAGCUUGGUUCCGCACCCUGAAUUCAAGAUGCUGGGUCUCCGUAACAUUCCUCAGAUGUCUGAAAACUCAUUGGCAUACACCACCUUUGCUUGGGCUGGAUUGCUCAAGCACUUAAGACAGAUGCUCAUUUCUAAUGCUAAAAUGGAAGAAGGUAUUGAUUGGCAGAUCCGACCACCUUUGUCAGGACUUCCUGCCCUUGAGAAGGUCUCUCCCAACAAGGAGCCCCAUUUUAACACUUCAAUAGCUAACUUGGUCAUCCUGCGUGGUAAAGAUGUUCACAGUGCUGACCUAGGAGGUUUUAAAGAUCCAGCCUUAUACACUUCCUGGCUCCAGCCUAGUGAUGCCUUCAGUGAAUGGAGAACACACCGAGCCUUUAAUAAAUAUGAGAAAUCGGCCGCUUUGGUCAGCAAUAGUCAAUUUUUACUGAAACCACUUGAUACUAUCAUUGGCAAAGCUUGGAACAUGUUUGCUUCAAAAGCCUAUGUUCACCAGUAUACAAAGUUUGGAAUUGAAGAGGAGGACUUUUUAGACAGUUUCACAAUAUUGGAACAGGUUGUUGCCAGUUACUCCAACCUUUGAUCUUGAAAUAAGUGGAACUUCAGUGGAAGAAAGUAUCUCUGAAGACUUCUGGAUUGAAAUACUUAUAAAACAUGUUCUCUAUCAAGUUUUAAAAUCCUAUCUUGCUAAAGCAUCAGAUUAGACGUCAGACUGUAUUUUGUAAAUAGGGAAAAGUAGGAGUCUUUUCAUCAAAGAAAAUCUUUUUUUCUAAUGAAAACAACUCCUUUUUGAUGAAUUACUCAUUACUUUAAAAGUAAAAUGGAUGCUUUUAUAAAAUACCUUGGUGAAGGAUUGUCACAAUCAUUGGGUGCUAUAAAUAGUACUUCGGUUCUAAAAUUUACUAGGAAAAAGUAUAUUCUGUUGGUUAAUGUAAUCCCUUUCAACUGCUAGCUUAUCCUGGAACCUUGAAUAUUUAGUCCAAAACAAUUACUAAACCUGAACCUACCUAAUGAUGGUGCUGAAUAAUUUAGUUAUGCUUAAACUGGAAUUGUAGAAUAGAAAAGUAAUCUCUUGAGUUAAUGAAUACUUUAUGCCACAGGAGGGCACUGUUGUCAAAUGCCUUAGUGGAAUGCCUUGUGGGUUUACCUAAGUUUUUCACAUAAGUGGAUCAGCUUAAAACUUCUUUUUCAAAAUAAAUUUUAUGUUUAUGAUGACUGAAUAUUAAUCUAAAAUACCAGAAGGGAAUAGGUGACUGCUUCCUUUAUUUUCACAGGGUUUUUUUUCUUAAAAACUUACUAGUUAUUGCAGAAUCUGAUUGAAUCUUUCCAGUUUUCAUGAUAAAAUUCCCCCUUGAUAACCAGCAUAAGAGUAUUUAAGGGAAACUGAGGGUCCAGAACAACUUUAAUUUAGUCUAGUCAGUGCUCUGAAAUUUAUAUUGACAUGUUAGACCAAAUAUCAUAGAUACUCUCCCUCCAAAAUCCCCACCCCCAAAAAUGCUUCAUAUAUAACCUUAUUUUCCUUUCAAAGAGAUAGAGUUUUAGGGGAGUAUCCUAUCUUUUUUCUAAUACAGUAGAUGCUUCAGUCAAAUAUCAUAUUGCUUUAGGUAGAAACAUACUUUGCAUUUAAAUAGAAGUUAGAACUGACUCUCCCCUACCCCCCAUCAAAAUAUCAGUAAAAUAAGCAUUUGCCAUUUAAUUGGGGAAAAUAUGCUAUCUGAGAAAAUAUUCUAUCUGAGCAAGGCAAUAGAAAAAACAGAACAGAUCAGUAUUAAAUAGUUGAAAAACAUAAUGCAGACUUGAAACUAACAACUCUCUUGGAAGGGGAAUGAUACAUCUAGAAAGCAUAUCCUAUAUGGUACAUUGUACAGUGAAACCCACAUGGGAAAAUUCGCCCUUUCUGCCAAAUCUACCAGUAGCCACUUUUUAUUUGACUAAAUGACAGUACACUGUUUGACCAGUUUCUUCCUUUUCUUUCCAUAUGGAAACAAUUACCUUUUUUGCUGUUUUUCUUAUCAACUGUUGCUAUGAUUAAAAAUAUUGAACUAUAUCUUA